AUGUAUCUAAAAUCCCUCAUACUCCUCGCAGCCAGCAACCUACUUUCCACCGCAACCGCCGCCAAAAUAGCAACCCAAUCCGACGCCAACGCCCUGCCAGAAACGGUUGUAGACGGCAUCGAAAUCUCAUCCACAUAUACCGGCGACCUGAUCUUGCCGAAUGUGACCAACGUCGUCGGAAACGUCACCUACGAGGGGCCUGAUUUGGAGAACUUUGCUGCUCCAUUACUUUCUCUGGUGGCGGGCACGUUUAAUUUUACAGGGUCUUUUAGAUUAAAAAUGGCCACCUCAGCAGAAAAACAACCCUGCACCCGCGAAAGAGCCAUCUCCUCCAUCCUCUCCUUCUACACCCUACUAAGUCAAAUCCCUUACAUCCCCGCCGACAAACUCAUGAUCCCACCGCAAACAACAGGCUGGCAAAACAACGAAGAACAGGGGAUAAAAAUCAAUGAAACCGAACUACGCAGUCGCGGCAAAACCGACACUGUAAUUGAUACUCUACGACAUUUACCCUAUCUAGACCAGGAAAUGUACGGACCUCAUUGGACAUUAGCUGAUAAUACCCUACACAUCAACUAUGCGCGCGGAGAGCUGUAUUCUGCUUAUUUGGAGCGGGAUAGAGCCCUCCUCCCCUUGCCGGGACAUAUAAUAUGGCUAACAGAAGGUUACGAACGAGCCGGCGUUUAUCUUUUGCUGAAUACAGAAACAUGGGAAAUCAUUGAAUACACCCUAUUAGGCGAAAGUAUCGAAAUAAAUUACGAUGCCUACGAAGCUCUACCCCCCGACAAGAGAUGGACGGCUUAUAGUGUGCUACCGGCGGAUGAAUAUUUUGAUUUAUGGAGAUGGAGACAUUUGACGUUGCAGUUCUUGUUGGUUCCGGAUUUGCAGGUUUUUAAUGGUACAGGAAAGUGGUUUGUGAAGGAUCCGAGAAUGUUGUAUGAGGAGAGUUUUGUACGGGAUGAUGAUGAUGACGACGAGGAUGAGGAUGAGGAUUAUGUUCCGGAUGAAUCUGGCUCUGAGUCUGAGGAAGACUCGGAUAUGGAUGUGGAUGACGAUGAUGAAAUCGAGGAGGUCAAUCAAGAACUCCAAUCCCUUUCCCUCGAUCAACAACCUAUCCCUACCCCUCCCUCACCACCUCCAGUCUCGGAAAAUUCAAAAUCAAGGAGCUUCCUCCACAGAUUCGCCCAACCCCUCGACAAAGACCGUAUCAACAAUACAACCCUCUACCUCAAACCCUGGUUUCUCAAAAACCGCGAAGAAAUAAUCCAAAUAAUCCAAAUCUACGUUUCUCACGGCUGGCCCUUGCCCAACUACGAGUGGCGGCUGAUAUAUCGCAAUGGGUUCAAGCCCGGCGGGAGCGGGAACGAGCUGAAUAUCGUGCCGCGACUUGAACGGGAAGAAGCAGAAGCAACGAGAACAAUAGCUGCGAUAUGUCGCAGAUUGAAGAAAUGGCUUUUGGAUCCAGUUGAGAAUCAGGAAGAGGAAAAGAUUGAUGCGGAGAUUGUAGCGUAUGGAGUUGCGGAAUUGGAUGAGUUGGAGAAAGUGGUAAUUGCCUCGGAUGAUAUUAUUACCACGACCGGGGUAGGUAAAAUUCUGAAAGGGAUUGUGGAUAGUAAGACGUUGAAUGAGAGGAAGGAUAUGGCUGGGAUAUGUGACAGAGCCAGACGGAUAUUGAAGAAUUGGGGAAUAUAA